UAAUAAUUGAGUUUUACUUCCACGUUGUUAAUGUUCGGAGCGAAGCUUCCCAGAUCCGUCCUCUGCACUGCAGUCAACGCCGCCAGCACGUUUGGCGUAGGAAGGUCACGUUAUAAAGCGGCUCAUCAGUAGCGGCUGGUGGAGAGUGGGACUGCGCAAAAACCACGGUCCGGAUUUGUGCCUGUCUGACGUCAUGGGGAGCCACAGACCUCUCUGACAGGAUUCAGCAACAACAAGCACCAGGGUUACUUGAUCAUUAUCCAGCUGGGACAGGAGAUGUCGACGAGCAGUUUUGUGCCACAUUCUCCAUGAAGUGAAAAAAAAAAAAAAGGCCAGAAGAUUUAGCUUUGGUCGACUGUGCGUCUGCGGCACACCAUGAAAGCGCUUCCCCGCUGGUAAAGCGACUACUACGGCUCUUUUCUGCCUCAAAACCAGCUCUACCGUUGACCACGAAGAGAUAAGCAGCCAGAGAACAACUACUAAUCCCCGGGACGGUCACAUUCACGGCGGGGCUUGGACCCGACAGAAAUGGACAGGGCAGCAAGAACUGGAUUAAAUGAUAGGGAAUAAAGAGACGCGGCGCACAAAGCGACCCUAAAGUGUUAUGCCCAUCAAGCUCCGUGGUCUUUAUUUGACUGGAAAUGGGUGCUUUAACAAGCAGACAAAACAUAGGCGUGGAAGAAGUGGACAUUCCGUCCAGUUCGGUGUAUCGCUAUCCACCGAAAUCUGGGAGUUACUUUGCCAGCCAUUUUAUCAUGGGAGGAGAGAAGUUUGACUCCACUCACCCAGAGGGUUACCUGUUCGGGGAAAAUACAGAUCUUAACUUCCUGGGAACCAGACCAGUAGCGUUCCCAUACGCUGCGCCUCCACCUCAGGAACCUGUAAAGACGCUACGAAGCCUUAUAAACAUUCGAAAGGACACAUUGCGGCUCGUGAGGUGUAGUGAGGACCUAAAGUUGCCAGGUGAUGAGGCAGCGGGGAAGAAUAGGGCCUGCUACAAUGUAGAGUUCACCUUUGACACUGACACACAGGUGGCCAUUACCAUUUACUACCAGGCCAUAGAGGAGUUUCACAAUGGAGUGCCUGUUUACCUGCCACAGGAUAGCUCACUGCAGUCUGAGACAGUUCACUUCAAGAGAGGAGUGUGCCAGCAGUUCUGUCUGCCCUCGCACACCGUCAACCUGAGUGAAUGGGCUGAUGAUGAGCUACUGUUUGAUAUGGACAAGGAGGUCUUCCCCAUGGUUGUGCAGGCUGUUGUAGACGAGGGUGAAGAACAUUUGGGCCACUCUCACAUAUUGCUGGCUACGUUUGAAAAGCACAUGGAUGGGAGCUACUGUGUGAAGCCUCUGAAGCAGAAACAAGUGGUGGAUGGAGUGAGCUAUUUGCUGCAAGAGAUCUAUGGGAUAGAAAACAAAUACAACAGUCAAGAAUCAAAGGUUGCUGAUGACGAGAUCAGUGACAACAGUGCAGAGUGUGUUGUUUGUUUGUCUGAUGUGCGAGACACACUCAUCCUGCCAUGCAGACACCUGUGUCUCUGCAACGCUUGUGCAGACACACUGCGAUAUCAGGCCAACUGCUGCCCUAUCUGCAGACUGCCAUUCAGAGCUUUGCUACAGAUUCGAGCAAUGAGGAAGAAACUCAGCCCCCUGUCACCAACCAGCUUUAACCCUGUCAUCACUUCUCAGACCUCUGACUCAGAGGAACAUUCGGCCUCAGAGCACAUCCCUCCAGGUUAUGAAGCAGUGUCUCUCCUGGAGGCUCUGAAUGGGCCCCUAAACACAUCUUCCGUGGUUCCUCCCCCUCUCCACUCUGGUCCUAGCCAUGUCUCUGGAGCUCUGCCGCCGUACAGCAGUGAGCCCCACACAGCGCCAGCCCGCUCUCUCUCCCCUCUUGACCACUCCAACUCCAGUCAGGGACUCAAACUGAAAAAGAGUGGUUCAAAGUCACUUUCCCAGAAUUCCUCUGUGCUUCCUGAGGAGGAAGAUGAGAAGUCCUGCAGUGAAUCAGAUGCCUCUCGCCAUAAACUGGUUGUGGACCAACAGGAGUGCGGGGUGACUCCAGACAGUGAAAAUCUGACUCUCUCCUCAUCUGGAGCCAUCGACCAAUCGUCCUGUGCAGGGACCCCACUCUCCUCCACCAUCACCUCUCCUGAAGACCCUGUGAGCAGUAGCCUGGCCCAGUCAGUGAUGUCCAUGGCUUCAUCCCACUCGCAGCACUCCCACAUCAGCGCUGACACCAUGUCCUCCAUGUCAGGGUCCUACUUGGCCGGGGCCGAAGGUGAGCCAGGGGGAGAUGAUGGGGGAGAUGGAGAGGCCGAGGAAAACCAAGAUGCUCCCAUGGAGAGCCGAGGGCCACCACAGCAGGAUGGGGAGGUUUCCAAGGAGUUAAAUGAGCAAAACUACUCAGUGGCUGUAGAGGAGCAGGACUCAGAGGGAAAUGAUGUCACUGAAGAGGACUGCUCCUCCCCAUCUAAUGGGAAAGGUGGGCGGAGCAGGUGUCCAGAGUUGGCCAAUAACAAUCAGGGCGUCGCCCACUGCGACACGCCCUCUUUGGGGUUGGAUAAUGAGCAGGCUCCCGACAGCCGAUUCGCUGAUCUCAUGUACCUCGGGGGCUACAGGCCUGUUCCGGACCCCCUAUCCCACCGCACCUCCGCCAGCAAUAUCAACCUGGAGAUGCAGGGGGCUGAGAACAGGGAUGGCCAGAGUCCUAAACAUCCCCGCCGCGGACCACUCAUUGUGUAACAGCUGUACGCAAACAAAAAGACUUACCUGUCCAGAGUCAGCAUUUCUUACCCUGCCAUAAUGCUGCAACACUGGACACUGUCCUCGCUGAGCAGGGAAACACAUCCCCAUCUGUCUCAACUUUUCCUGGUUUUACUGUAGUUGCUGCCUCUGAAACCCUGCAAGAGUGAAAAGAGGAAGAAGGAGGAAUCACAUUUACAUGAUCAGUGCACUUUUAUCUCACAUUUUCUUGUCUGUGACCUUACUUGUUGUAGGAAUGAUUUGCCUACUGCUACAAUAUUAUUUAUUACCUGUAGGUUUAUUGAAAGCUGUGUAUUGUGACAUUAUCUUUAGAAAAAUACAUACAUGCUGCUCCUCCUGUCUCUCUCUUUUUUCCUUCCUUCUCAGUGUAUUACCAGCCAAACAGUCAGGGGCUACUGUGAUCGGCAAUCGGAUUUAUUACUACUAACUUCUGCUGUGACAUAAACUGUAUGUUGAAUGAUUGGUUGGACAUUUUGACUCUAAAUAUCAGCUCUCACCGGACUACCUUACCUUACUGAAGAAAAAAACAUGCUGAGCCCUCUCUUCGGAUCAGGGAGCUCCCGUCUCAACUUCGCAUGCAGCUUUUCAGGUUUGGGUAAUUCCUGCCACACUUUUAAAACACAGCAACCCAUGCUGAAUGUGAAUUCAGAAGCAGUCAGACUUGUAAUGAUGGGAAAUGAGCCAAGAAAUGGCCUGAAAUGAUCUGAUUUGGGUGAGGGAGGCGCCACAUAGAAUGUAGGAUGAACGACAUUGAUCUUAAAGAACAGGAAUGUACGUGACUUCUUAAACAUCACCUAAACUGGAAUCGAGCACAAACUUUGACCCACACCCUCCAUUGCCAUCCCCCAAUCUUCGCAUGUCAGUAUUACUUUAAUGUAACUGGAAAUCAACAUGUACAACCAAGCAAUAAAGAUUGCAUCUCUAGCUUUUCUCCUGCACUAGGACACUCAUUUAGUUAAAACAAUGAGAAAACUGUGUUUGCACUGGCCUGUUAUAUCCAAAUUCAGACCUUUCAGCGUGUUUAUCACUUUGUAUUUUAUUGUUGCCAUUGUAAAGGGAUUUAUUGUGGGUACAGUAAAUCUAAAAAGGUUUUCAUCCAUAUAUUCUCCCUUUCUGAUCAUCCUGACAUGCUUUUUCCUCUUGUUUGUGAAGCUUUUAGUUGUUUUGGUUUUGUAUAAAUUUGAUGUAUAUUUCACCUGUUGUUGAAGCUCUCUGUUAUGUGUUUUUAAUUUGUUGCAGGACACUGUGUUGUUUAUUAGAAUGUGGACGGAAAAUAUGUGAAAAUUUUGUAAGGUUUACACUCUUGCAAUUCCCAUAACUAAUAACUGAAAAGGGACAAUAUCUACAUUUAAUGCACUAUUAGCUGAUUCCUAGAUGACACACUUGGCAGUGCAUGAGGCGAUAAUGAAGUCAGCAUGUUAGUCUAGGUCAGCCUGCACUCUCCUGUAGACUUGAUUAUGGAUCACUGCAUAAACACGAAGUGGUGCCAUAUCCUUCUGUAGUGUUAUAUUUUAGUUGUCAGCACCCAAUCUUAUUGGCCGAACUGUUAAGGUCACCACUACUGCACUACUAUAGCCAGGCUGCAAUCAAUCAUGCGAUCACAGUCCGAAUGUCCAGACUGGACUAUACUUUGGCACUGGUUGCAGUACGAUAUCAAAAGUAUUCACAAGACCCAUUUUUUAGCGUGAAAAAUGUCAACGAUGUAAAACGGACAAUAAAGUUUUUUGCAACUAAAUGG